AUGUCGCAACGGAGAAUCAACAGAGAAGAUCAUGUCGAAUCGGGAGAAAGAAGAGAAGAUCCAGGCCUCAUGGAGAUAGUCGAUGAAGUAGAGGGUGAUGAGAAUGAUGUCGAAGAUAAGGAAAGCCCAGAGGAACCAACAGGGGUGGACCUCUUGGAACAAGAACACGCAGGCGACGAGCUAGCACAACACCUUGCAGGAAAAGAACGCCUCUUGGAGCAGCUACACCGGGCCGGGCAAGUGCGUGAUAGCGUUAAUGAUCCGCGAGUUGGAACAACAGCCAACGUGCCAUACCAGAAGGAGAAGGAAGAAUCACCUGGAACGCACGAAACAGUACAUCAUGUGUUUGAAAACGCAGUGUCCGGGAGACCUAGCUGCGGGAAGUUCGACACACGAUGCUUCUACUGCAACGAGUUUGGUCACCAUUCGGCGAUGUGCGACUUGCCGGAGCUCAGUGAACCCUGCUAUGAGGGUAGCGUACGAGAACGUUACAAAUGA